AAAGUGUAUAUAAAGGUCUAGAGAAAGAAAAAUCAGAACAAGAACACACAAAGUCCUUUCACUUUCCCUGUCUUUCAAGUUUUGACUGUUUCGAAUCCCUGCGUGUGCUUCUUGCUGAGCAAUUUGAGGAAGCAGAGUUGAAUUGGAUUGACUCGGCACUUCACAGAUUCGCUGCUGAAGAAAAGGUUGGGAUGGGUUGUGAAUUCUCUAAAUGCUGCUGGGGUGCAGAACAAGGGGAUCCUGUUCCUGAGCCUCAAGUUGAUGAAACUGAAGAAAAUGUUGAGGGCAAUGGGUUGUCGUCGUUUCAUGAAUAUACAAUUGAUCAGCUUAAGAAUGCUACCUCUGGAUUUUCAGUUGAAAAUAUAGUUUCUGAGCAUGGAGAAAAGGCUCCUAAUGUUGUAUAUAAAGGGAAACUUGAAAAUCAAAUGAGAAUUGCAGUCAAACGGUUCAACAAAUCAGCCUGGCCUGACGCCCAACAAUUUUUGGGAGAGGCCAAAGCUGUUGGUCAGCUAAGGAACCCAAGAUUGGCAAAUCUGCUUGGAUGUUGCUGUGAAGGUGAUGAGAGGCUACUUGUAUCGGAAUAUAUGCCCAAUGAUACUUUGGCAAAGCACUUGUUCCAUUGGGAAACUCAGCCCAUGAAAUGGGCAAUGCGACUGAGAGUUGCUUUGCACCUAGCCCAAGCUCUAGAGUACUGUACCAGCAAAGGACGUGCACUAUAUCACGAUUUAAAUGCUUACAGAGUUCUUUUUGAUGAUGACUACAAUCCUAAACUUUCAUGCUUUGGUCUGAUGAAAAACAGUCGAGAUGGGAAAAGUUAUAGUACGAACUUGGCAUUUACUCCGCCUGAGUAUCUGAGGACAGGUAGAGUUACUCCAGAGAGCGUAACUUAUAGUUUUGGGACCCUUUUGCUUGACCUUCUUAGUGGGAAACAUAUUCCUCCAAGCCAUGCGCUUGACCUGAUUAGGGACAGGAACCUUCAGAUGCUAACAGACUCAUGUUUAGAAGGACAAUUUUCAGAUGAUGAGGGGACUGAAUUAGUUCGUCUAGCCUCACGAUGCUUACAAUCUGAACCGCGAGAGCGUCCUAAUCCUAAGUCCUUGGCAACUGCUCUUAUACCCCUACAGAAGGAUUCUGAGGUCCCUUCUAAUGUGCUGAUGGGUAUACCAGAGGGCCCUGCAUCUUUUCCCCUUUCGCCACUCGGGGAAGCUUGUCUACGAAUGGAUCUGACUUCCCUGCAUGAGGUGCUGGAGAAAAUUGGGUACAAAGAUGAUGAAGGCUCAGCAACAGAGCUUUCAUUCCAAAUGUGGACCAACCAGAUGCAGGAAACAUUGAACUCGAAGAAGAAGGGAGAUGCUGCUUUUCGGCAUAAGGACUUUAAAACUGCAAUUGAUAGCUAUACACAUUUCAUUGAAGUUGGAACCAUGGUUUCUCCGACCAUGUACGCUCGUCGAAGUCUGUCCUAUCUCAUUAACAAUAUGCCAAAUGAAGCACUAAAUGAUGCAUUGCAGGUACAGAUAAUAACACCUGUUUGGUACAUUGCAUAUUAUUUACAAGCUGUUGCUCUUUUAGCAUUGGGCAAGGAGAAUGAGGCACAAGUGGCACUUAAAGAGGGUUCUUCACUUGAGACUAAAAAGAACACAAACUAGAUGAGGUCAUUGUGGCCAUAUCUUGCUUUCUUGUUCCUGAAGAUAACUUACAGUACACAACACAUGCUGCUGGUUUCUCAAUGUUUGGGCAAAAUUGACAUGGGGGCUCCAGUUCUUAAUUGAAAAAUUGUUAGGGUGGUUUAUACUUGUAAAGGAUUCACCUGUCAGUGUAUGUUGUUGGCAUUUGGUGGGCAAAUAUCAAAUGCUGUUGUGAUGUUUCUUGUAAUUUAAUGUACAGUACAAUUUGGUUAUGAAAUAGGCUGUUUUUCUAUGUUGUAUUGAUAUUGAUUUUGCAUUUAAUAAAGUCUUCUCAUCUUUUCUUUC